AUGUCGGAGGAAAGACAACCUUCCAUUGACAAGGAUGCUCAAUCAGCGGCUGCUCCCAAAGCAACAUGGGCCGUUGCGCGGUCAUCGCUCAGGGAUCCCACUCGUCGACUUCCGCAGGCGAUUGCACAUCGCGGCGCAAAGGUCGACUGGCCUGAAAAUACAAUGGCUGCCUUCCGAGGUGCAGUCACUGCCGGAGCUCACGCUAUAGAGACCGAUGUACAUCUUUCUUCUGAUGGAAUCGCUGUUAUAUCACAUGACCCUUCGCUCAAGCGCUGCUUCGGGGUGGACGCUCGUAUUGCCGAAUGCUCGUGGGAGUACCUUAGCACCCUGCGUACGGUAGCUGAGCCGCAUGAGCCCAUGCCGCGGCUCAGGGACUUCCUCGGAUGGUUAAACCAGCCUGAACUUGAAAAGAUCUGGGUUGUUUUGGAUAUCAAGCUUAAUGACAGCCCUGCAGACUUGAUGUGUGCAAUUAAGAGAGCACUAGAUAGCGUCAAUGGACCAGUCCCAUGGGACCAGCGUAUUGUGCUUGGAUGCUGGAACGCGUCAUUCCUACAGGCCGCACGUAGUCAGCUGCCAACCUAUCCUCUGGCUCAUAUCAGCGCCUCUCUUUUGUACUCGCACCACUUCCUGAAAGUGCCGGACCUCGGCUUCAAUCUCAAUCAGAAUACUCUGGUUGGUCCUUCGGGGAAGCUCUUUUCACGAGAGCUUCAACGAACAGAUAAGCUUCUCAUGACAUGGACUGUCAACCAGUCUCGCCGUAUGGAAUGGUGUCUUCGUCAAAACUUAGGUCACCCGCGGCGUGCCAAUAGUAAAGUGCAAGGGCCGCCGCUCAUUGACGGUGUAAUCACUGACGAUCCACGUUUAUAUCUCGAGGUAUGCGAGAGAUUCGAGGACGAGAUGGAUGGCAAGUUCGUCAGAUCAGACCCGGCACUAGCUCAGAAGGUGAGAAACAAGGCCGAGACGGUAGCAUUCGUCCUCGUCACCCAGGUACUGAUGAUUGUCUAUCAUGUUGUGAGGAGAAUGCAAGGCAAAUUCGAUUUUCUCAGAGACCGUCGGACAUUAGACAAACGAUAG